UUCUCCCUGUUUCUUCUAUCACAAAUCCCCAUCAUUAUAGUUGAAGAAAAUGAGGUGCUUUAGAUCUUGCUUCGGUAAUUGCAAGCACAAGAAAAUCAUAAAGCCUUGUAUUAGAAGUAACAAGAUUAAUAGCAUUUCCCCUAAAACUCUUCAGAAUUUGCUCAAGACACACGAAAAUGGUGAAGCAUAUGUAGCCAUUAUUAAUGCUACAAAAAACGCAGCUCAACUCGAGGAUGUUACAAACCCCAUUACCCUCAUUCAAGAAUCCAAGAAUAAGGAGGAAGAAGAGGAGGAGUUGAAUAGAAGCAGCAGAAAGAAGGUUACAUUUGAUGAUGUAAAUAUAUCAUCAAUCGUCAAUGAGAGGGGCUUAGCAAACGAAGAAUCUGCAAAUUGCUUAGCGAAGAUCUGCAACAACGAAAAGGAAAAGGAAAAGGAAAAGGAGAAAGCGAAUAUAAAAGAAGAAGAAGGGAACACGUUUUCAGAUUCAAGUGAGUCAAGCUAUAUAUCUUAUCCUCCAAGUCAUAGAUAUCAUUGCUGCAGAAAUAGUGAUGACGAGUUUGAAGCUAUUGAUUUAAACGAUAGUAGUGAUGUGGAAGAUGACGACGCCAACAAUUAUAAUGAAUUAAAUGACGAUGAAGUUGAAUUUUCUGAAAAUGCAGCAAUGAUUCAACAAGAACAGUCCUCCGAGUCAUCUUUAUUUUCGCUCUCCAUAGACUCUAGGAAAAGGAAUCCCACACCCGAAAUAGAAGAAAAGGAGGUCAAUAGUCCAUUGAAACUUAGUACACAAUCCACCAAUUUUAGUGCUACAAAUCGGAGCCAAUUAUCAGUGUUGAAUCCAAUUCAAGAGAAUGAGAAUAUCAACAUUCUGAAUCUCCCUAACUUUAGAACUAGUACUACUUAUUGUUUACAACAAGAGCCUAGUUUGAAGCAGUCAACAAAACAAACAAAGCAUCAGCUGGAGAAUCAAAUCACAGUUGAUACUAGCCUUUCAAGCUGGUUAAUUGAAUCUCAAGACGACGACACACCAAAUUCCAAAAACAAUGUUGGUGAUUUGGUUGGCAAUUAUUCAUCUUCAGAGAGGACCAAGUCUCUGAUACGAGUUGAAGAUAGACCAAUUUUAGGAGAGUUGACAGUAGCUGAACUCAAACAUAUAGCUAACUCAUAUUCUCCCAGAGGAACACAGAGUCAUAGUCCAGAUGAAAACUCCAUUAUAAUAGGGACUGUGGGGAGUUAUUUGAAACAUACAGGGCAGGCUACCGAUCCAGAUUCUGCUUCAUCUCGCAAAGGCAUUUCAUCGAACAAGACAUAUGCGCUCCUAAGAAAGGAUAAAAACAACAACAACCAUUCUACACCAUUUCAGGCCAGGUUAGAGAGAGCACUAGAUAGUGGUUUGGCUCAAGCUUAAUUAUUCUUUCCUUGAGUCGAAAGUAGUCUUUCUAUCUUCACAAGGUAGAGAUAAAGUAUGUGUAUACAUUACUUUCCUCAGACCCUACUCUUGAGAUUACACUGGAUAUAUUGUUAAAAAGAAUCAGUAAGCACAAUGUCUCAUCGAUCGACAGAAAAAGUUGUGCCCCUCUUGUGUAAUUAUAGCAUGAAUUGGUCUCAUCAAUCCACAGAAAAAGUUGUGCCCCUUUUGUGUAAUUAUAGUAUGAAUUGCAAGCAGCUUUAUAUUCUUCCAAAUUUGUCGUGCGACUUAAAUGUGUCUGUAUGUAUUCAUGAAUUACUUGGAGCCCUGAUUUAAUUUUUUGAAAUAGCAUUUUGUCAAUAGAAAUAAUAUUUUGAAACUAUUGUCCGAUAAAAUACUUGGCUACGCAAAGGUAGAACACUAUGGAAACUUUCAUCAACCUUGAUUUUGCUAUGCUAAAUAAGAACCUGGAAUAGCGGAAAUAGGUUCGUAUUCUCCUUCAAAAGUCAGUCGUCUUUGCCCAAGUGUCAACUGCAAACAACUCUCCAGUGGUUCCGUUCCUUCUUACUGUACUUCUAGGUUAACCCAACCCGAAUGGGAAUAAAAGGAUCACCCAAACUGCGGUCCACAUUGUACGUUUGCUGAGUAGACAACUCAGGUAUUUUAGAAAAGGGUAAAGGAA